AUGACGAGGCAAAGCUCAACACCGCCUGGAAAUUGGCCGCAAGGCUUCUCAAAUAACGGUUUAGGAUUUCCCGAAUCUUCCACAGGCUCUCCCCCUUCUCAUCGUCGCGGCUCACCUGCAGGGCUGCUCCGCAACCUCACCUCGCGCUCCGACCUGCUUCAAAAGAUCUCCCCAUUCAAAGAGAAAAUGGAACCAGCGUUGCGUCAAGCGCUUGAACAUCUUCAGCUGCCCGACCUAGACGCGCUCGAGCAAAGUGUCAUUAGGAAGGACGCGUUUCUCCAACCGUGGGCGGAGUUCCGCGACAGCUUCAUGUUUCUCCAGGCUAACGGCAUAACGCGCAUCUCAUCGCCGCGUCAGAUACAGCGGAAGGAUCUGUUAUACUUCUACACAUUCUUCAACGAGGGCAAACUGCGCUACGAUCCCCGUGCCGACCCCGAAGACGAGCUCUACACGCCCGACCCCAGGCUGCACUACGUUAUCGACAAGUCGUCCUGGGACGUAGUAGAGUAUGAGAAGUUACUCUAUGUUUGGCUUCUUCAGGCAUUUCAAGUUGGCAAGGCCAAGAACCCGUACGGAAUCAUGUACUUCGAGAAUCGGAAUAUCUGCACGGCUUGGGAGCAGGUUUUUGUGCCGAUCGUCAAGAUGGUUCGAAGUCAGUACGAUGUGAGGGGUCGAUACCACUACGGAAGGUUGGCCAAACUCAUCGAAGAGAUACGCCCCAGUCGCUUGGCGUUUCCUGAAGGGAAUGUCACCUAUGGCAUGGAUGUCAUUGUCCACAGAAGUGUGCCUUCAAACCCUGUCCGUGCGCCCUCCACGGAGAUACAUCCAGUUACUGGAUUCCUCAAGUACAAGAAGGCAAAGUGGGAGGACGACGAGAAAGAAUUGCGCGAGGUGUAUCCGCAAUACGGACAUGUUGUUGAGCGUCCGAAACCGAAAUGGUCCUUCAGUGACUGGAUCCAAGAACAGAGGGCCCAGAGAACCGCUCUACAGCGCGCCAAAGCUCUUACCCAGCUGGAGGGAGGCAUAGUGAGCCCGUAUCCCUCCACUCCCAGUGCGGCUGAGAGCAUGAACGAUGACUUCAUUACCGGACAUCCGUACGAGAAGAAGCUACGUGAGGCGCGUGAGGUGGAGCGCAAGAAGCGAGAAUCUCCAUUACUGAUACACAUGCAUACGCUGCGGAAGCGCGACAAUGAACAGUCGAGCCGUCCCGGAAGUGCCUUGCCAUCGCCCCGUUUGAUUCCCGAGCGCCAGGGUUCGAAUGGUAUAUCUUCUGCUAUUCGGACGCCGAACCCAUUCACGGAAGAUUCAGAAAACCUGAGACUGGAGGGCGUUGCUGCAAAAGCCAAGCUUAAUCUUCCAGAGAGAGUACUACCUCGACAACGGACGAAGCCUGACGACAUCCAGACCGGUAGCCCGAAAUCUAAGGUUCGCAAGCCAAGUUAUGAAGGGACAGGAUACGGAUCGCCGCUACUCUCCACGGCAACAGAGGCAAAAUUCUCGGAGAAAGUGAAGCCGUCGCGCAUUCCGAGCCCAAUUGAGAUUCGACCGAGUGAGUCGACGGGGACCCGAAAGUACCACCCCAUUAUGGAAAGGGUUAUGGAACUUGCCACAACGAUGCCGACUACAUAUGAAUCGCCGCCGCCUGUUCCCUCCAAGAAUCCGGAGCGCUACAUGUCUGUACGCUCGCAGGGUAGACAACUUGCAGAAUACCGUACCAACAACCUCGGUCCGCGUAUUGUAUCUAAGGAGAAUAUCCGAGCCGCUCUGAAUCUGACAAUGGACGACGAGCCUCUGGACACGAGCUAUCCGUCUUCUCCGGUGUCUCCCACUGAUAGGAGUAUCUUCCCCGGGGUAGGCGGUCGUAAUCUGAAAACAGGCGAGGCUCCCAAAGUCCAGACGUUCAACACCCACAUGUUUCCACGGUCCGCUGGCAAGGAUGGGCAUCGAAAGAUCGCUUAG